GCAUGCCUUCCGAGACCCCCCAAGCAGAAGGGCUGGCAGGGUGCCCCCGCCUGUCAGAGGCUCACUCCGAGAAAGGGAGCCUGCAGCAGGUGCCCCCGGGGGCCAAGGAUGCCAGGGAGCGCCAGUGGAUCAGCCCCGAUGUGCCGAGCAGGUGCUCCUGGACGCUGGGCAGGCCCAUCACCGACUCGCCUCAUCACCACACUGCCUUGGCAAAGUCUCCCAAAAUCUUGCCAGAUAUCCUGAAGAAAAUUGGGGAUACCCCCAUGGUGAGAAUCAACAAGAUCGGGAAGAACUUUGGCCUGAAGUGUGAGCUCCUGGCCAAGUGCGAGUUCUUCAACGCGGGCGGCAGCGUGAAGGACCGGAUCAGCCUGCGCAUGGUGGAGGAGGCCGAGCGCUCGGGGACGCUGAAGCCGGGGGACACCAUCAUCGAGCCCACAUCCGGGAACACAGGGAUCGGGCUGGCCCUGGCCGCCGCGGUGAAGGGCUACCGCUGCAUCAUCGUGAUGCCGGAGAAGAUGAGCAUGGAGAAGGUGGAUGUCCUGCGGGCCCUGGGGGCUGAGAUUGUGAGGACACCCACCAACGCCAGGUUCGACUCCCCAGAGUCUCAUGUGGGUGUGGCGUGGAGGCUGAGGAAUGAGAUCCCCAAUUCUCACAUCCUGGACCAGUACCGCAAUGCCAACAACCCCCUUGCUCACUACGACAGCACCGCCGAAGAGAUCCUGCAGCAGUGUGAUGGGAAGCUGGACAUGCUGGUGGCUUCGGCGGGCACAGGCGGCACCAUCACGGGCAUUGCAAGGAAGCUAAAGGAGAAGUGCCCUGGGUGCAAAAUUGUCGGGGUGGACCCUGAAGGCUCCAUCCUCGCAGAGCCCGAGGAGCUGAACCAGACGGAGCUGACCGCCUACGAGGUGGAGGGCAUCGGCUAUGACUUCCUCCCCACGGUGCUGGACCGCACGGUGGUGGACAAGUGGUUCAAGAGCAACGAUGAGGAGGCCUUCGCUUUCGCACGCAUGCUGAUCGCACAGGAGGGGCUGCUGUGUGGUGGCAGCUCGGGCAGUGCAAUGUCGGUGGCCGUGAAGGCCGCCCAGGAGCUGCAGGAGGGCCAGCGCUGCGUGGUGAUUCUGCCCGACUCUGUCCGGAACUACAUGUCCAAGUUCCUGAGUGACAGGUGGAUGCUACAGAAGGGCUUCCUGAAGGAGGACCUCACGGAGAAGAAGCCCUGGUGGUGGCACCACAGGGUCCAGGAGCUGAGCCUGUCGGCCCCGCUGACGGUACUGCCCACAGUCACCUGUGAGCACACCAUCCAGAUUCUCCGGGAGAAGGGCUUCGACCAGGCGCCCGUCGUCGAUGAAUCAGGGGUGAUCCUUGGGAUGGUGACCCUGGGGAACAUGCUGUCGUACCUGCUCGCUGGGAAGGUUCAGCCGUCAGACCAGGUUCACAGAGUCCUCUACAAGCAGUUCAAACAGAUCCGCCUGACCGACCCGCUGGGCAAGCUGUCCCACAUCCUGGAGAUGGACCACUUCGCCCUGGUGGUCCACGAGCAGAUCCAGUCGCAGGACCAGGCCUUGGCAGGAGUGGUUGGGGGGCCUGCAGACCACAGUCACGAGAAAUCCAGUCAGAAGCAGACGGUGUUCGGGGUUGUCACUGCCAUUGACAUGCUGAACUUCGUGGCUGCCCGGGAGCGGGACCAGAAGAUGAGCAAGUCAGCAAGUGCCUUGGAACCCAGAGCCGGCGGGGCCGCAGCCCAGCUCUGAGUCCCCCUGCCACCUGCCGUCGUGCUUUCGUGAACACUGACAAGCACCGUGCUGCUUUACCACCGGACGCUGGGCAUUGCUCGGUCCUGCAGGGAGCAAGGAGCAGGUGUAGGAUGCUUAGCCCGGGGCCAGCAGCAGGGGUACAGCUUCCCUCUUAGAAACACCUGGGACCUAAAGGAAUCUGAUUCAGUAGAUUAGAUGUGCUUUUCUUUAACUUUCUCUUAAAAUGUUUCAACAAGACAAUCUUAUUGAAAGAGAACUCUUAUUAAAAGAUGAACCCAUGCAAUGACUGGGGCAGAGUGGGCAUUAGCAGAAGGAAGUGCCUUUUCCAGAGAAGAAUCCAGAAUGGGAGCAGCAGGAAGGAGUUUGGGAAGCGUGGGGCAGCUCAGGGACCCGCUGGGGGCUGUGCUGGUUACAGUGGCUUGAGUGUUCGGGGUUUUUUAAAUUGUGGUGAAAUUUACAUUCCUGAAAUGAACACAUUUUAAAUGUACAAUUCAGUGUCAUUUAUGACAUUCACAGUGUUGUGCAGCCACCACCUCCAUCGAGCUCCAAAUUCUUGUCAUUCAUUCCCCCGUAGGCAGUCAUUCCCCCCUCCUCCUUCCUCUCCUGGCAAACACUUAUCUGCUUUCUGUCUGUGGAUUUUACCUAUUGGGGUUAUUUCAGAUAAAAGGGAAUCAUACAAUCUGUGACCUUUGUGUCUGGUUUAUUUCACUUAACUCGAUGUUUUCAAGGUCCAUUUACAUUGUAGCAAGUAUCAGACUCCAUUCCUCUAUGGCUGAAUACUGUUCCAUUGCAUGGAUGGAUGGACAUUUUGUUUGUCCAUCACCAGGUGAUGGACAUUUAGGUUGUUUCCACUCUGGCUAUUGUGAAUUGUGAUGCUGUAUUUGUUUGAUCAGACUGUUAUUUUGUGUAUAACAAUCAUUCGUUAUUUUGUGUAUAUACCCAGGACUGGAAUUGCUGGGUCAUGUGGUAAUUCUAUGGUUAAUUUUUUAAGGAACUGCCAAACUGGAAUCCAGUGGUUGUACCAUUUUACAUUCCCACCAGUAAUGCAUAAAGAUUCCGAUUUCUCUGUGUCCUCACCAACGCUUAUUUUCCUUUUUUAUGUUUUGCCAUGACAGUGGGUGUGACCUAGCAUCUGGCGGUUUGCGUUUGUAUUUCCCUAAUGACCAUGACAUUGGGCUUCCUUUCAUGAGCUUCUUGAGCACUUGUAUGUUUUCUUUGGAGAAAAGUCUAUUCAAGUUCUUUGCCCAUUUUAAAAUUGGGUUGUUUUGGUUGUUCAGUUGUAGGGGCUCUUUAUGUAUUCUGGAUGCUCGAGCCUUAUAAAAUUAUGAUUUACAAAUA